AUGCUGGAGGGAGUCUGCUUUAGCCGUCGGAGGGAUCAGAACGCAUUCAGAGCUUCACGUGCAAACAUGACAAGGGGAUUGAAGAAGCAUAUGAAGAGGCUUAAUGCCCCUGAGCAUUGGAUGCUUGACAAACUUGGUGGUGCCUUUGACCUCAAGCCAUCUUCUGGACCACACAAGUUGAGAGAAUGCCUCUCCCUUGUUUUUAUCAUCCUUAAUCGAUUGAAGUAUGCUCUGACAUACGGUGAGGUGAUUUCGAACUUGAUGCAAAGGCAUAUUCAAGUUGAAGGGAAAUUUACACAAGUCAUGGAUGUUGUGUCUAUCCCAAAAAACGAAUGA